AUGUGGCGUGACCGGACCAACCUGUAUGCUAUUGAUCUUGACUCUAACCUAGAAUAUCUUGUGAAACCAACCUCUUCGUAUAGCUACAUCUCAUACCGCCAGUCCUUUGCCCACCAUCCGACCAAGAAGCCACGUUACUUUGGACCAUCCUCGGGCUUCACCGACAGCAGCAACAACACACCGUCCUCGAUCUCAGAAGAACGACGCGGCCUAAUCGCCGGCGCCGAUUCGUUUGAGGAUGACGGCGAUGCAGUGAUUGAGAUGGACCUGCUUCCUCCGCGAUGGAUGGAUGUACAGGACGAAGUCAACGAGUACCUCGCCGACAUUGCGCUGAAAGCCGCCCGCCUCGACCAGCUACAUCAGAAGCACAUCUUGCCGGGCUUUGGCGAUGAUGCGGUGCGGAGAAGAGAUGAGGAUUUGAUUGAGCAGCUGACACAGGAAAUCACACGGGGGUUUCACAGCUGCCAAAGGGCUAUUCAGCGUAUUGAUGGCAUGGUCAAGGAGCAGCAGCAGCUCGGGGGUGUGACGCAGGGAGACGAGACGUUGGCGAAAAACCUACAAAUCUCGCUUGCAUCAAGGGUCCAAGAAUCGAGCGCUCGUUUUAGAAAGAAGCAAAGCACAUACCUGAAGAAACUCCGAGAACUCGAAGGCAUGGCCCUGCCAUUCGAACGAACCGCAACACCCGUCCAAAACCCCUAUGCAGACCCUUCUCUCAUGGAGUCUGACGCAGACAAGUCAUUCUCGCAAACCACUCUACAACAAACCUCACAGAAACUCAUCGGCACAAACGACGAAGCCAUCGCCCAGCGUGAGCGGGAAAUCAACGAUAUCGCCAAGGGAAUCAUCGAGCUAUCGGAUAUUUUCCGUGAGCUGCAGUCUAUGAUUAUCGAUCAGGGGACAAUGCUGGACCGGAUAGACUACAACGUGGAGCGAAUGGUGACGGAUGUCAAGCAAGCAGACACGGAACUCAAAGUGGCCACAAAUUACCAACGAAGAUCCACAAAACGCAAAAUCAUCCUCCUCCUCUUCCUGAUCAUCGUCGGCAUGGUCAUUCUCCUCAUAUUCAAACCAAAACAUAACGACUCCUCCCCGCCACCACCACCUGCUUCCCCUCCACAAGAAGAUCAACAACCGCCGCCUCAACUCACGCGAAGAGCUAUAUUAGAUAUAGACUCCUUGUCAGACAACCCUAUUCGAUACCGUCAUCAUCAUCGCUGGCGUCAAUAUGAUCCACCAUCGUAUUCAUCGACAUGGUCGGAUUUGUUAUCGGCUGGUUAA